CCAUCUGCCCCGCACCCUCCAACAUUUGCUGCUCUCUCUCUCGCAGCUAACCUGCCCGUCGGUGCCUUCUCCAGCACUGUCUCAAUCCCAACAGCCCACCAAAGUGGACCGCCCAGCUCGCUUCUCAAACAAGAACCAGCAGUAUCGCCCAGAGGCCGCCACAAUGCAGCACGCAUGCAAACAUCUCUGCCAUCUGCUGGUCAACCGAUGUCCGCAGGAUUCGGCCGUCGAUGUGCUGGCAUCGCAGCCGUCCUACCAACCCGGAGCAAAAUCGUCAGCUCCAGCCGUCGCCGACUGCUUGUCCCGACAGGAGGACGACCCGCUGCAUCGCUCGUUCUCGGCUCCGUCCCUGCUUUCUCUUGCCGAAGGCGCCAGCCGAUCAAUUACCGAUGCCGCUUCGCAGCUGCUGUCGGAGCGCUUCCGAUUCCAGAGAAUCAGGAGCCGUCCGUCGUCACCGGCAAUCCAUCGUCUCGCGGCGCUGUCACCACCUUCGCCAUCGCCAUCUCUGGCGUCCCCACCGUCGCCUCUGUCGUCUCGGUCGCCGUCGCCGCUGAGACAGCAGCAGAGACAACAGCUAAAGCUCCCACAUGGGCGACCAGUGAUCGAUAUGGAUGAAUCCGAUGAGGAUGCGGAGGUCCCCGACGAUAUCAGCGAGACACUCGCUAUGGAGCUGCAAUCUCUCAACCCGACGCUGUCGCAAAUCCAGCCCUCGUUCUUCCUGCACGACGAUGACGCUUCUGAAUGUGACUCGGAGCUGGGGCCGGCAUCUUUGCCUGCGCUUCAGAGCUGCCCUGAUGCGGCCGAUCCCAACGCUCCCGCCACCUACGUUCCUGUUCAAGCAUUUUUCUCCCAGUCUCACGGACGCUCAUGGAAAUCAUCGGGGCUCAAAGCGAGUCAUCCGUCGCCUGUGGAUGCACGUCCAAGCGCAGAAACCAUCGCUCCAACGGCCGUGUCCGCAGUGACCCGAGAGGCUGUGUCAGUCCACUUGCAGCACAGCCAAUCGGUGCAGCGACAUCCCUUCACAAGAAAUGCGCCGCUCGAGACCUGCAGAGUCUGUCUUGGCGAGGACUGUGCAGAGUCAUUGAUAGCACCAUGCAAAUGCUCCGGCUCGGCCCGGUUCAUCCACGCGGAUUGUCUGCGACAAUGGAGACUGGCGUGCGGAGCACCCACGGGUCGGCUCCGCUGUGAGGUUUGUCAUACGAACUACUCGUGGAUUACGACGUUCUACGACGACGUUACCUUUGGCUCUGCCCAGAUCAUCUGCUGGGUGGGAUACAUUGUCUAUUACGUCACAGUCCUCAACGCCCUGGCUCAUAUUUCCAUCAGCCUCACAAGUUACUUCCUGCCAGAAGAAGCUGCCCAAAUGAAGGUUCCGCUGGAAAGUGCCUCUGGCGGUCCUGGAUUAUCCCAGAUCGGCCUCACCAUCGCCGAGCUCUACCAAUCCGUCGCUGCGCUUGUUGCGUCACUCCCAGACCCCGAGUCGUUUGCCAACCGCGUCAGCAGCAUGGUCUGGUCUGGCGACCUAACCGCUGUUGUGCGAGCCUGCCAUCCGAUCGCCAAGCAAAUGCGCUUGUAUCUGAGUCCGUACCAUCUCGGCCUCUUUGUCCUCGGCGGCUACCAGUCGCUGGGGCGCCGGGUCUAUGUCCUACCGGUCAUCAUGGCCAUAUUUUACUGGUCAUCGACGCUCACUACCAGCGGCGCUAUCCUGGAGGAUCUAGUUUGGGUUGGCCUGGGAUGCUACGGAUUUGCUGUCCUUGGCCACUCAACAGCGCACCAGAUCCGGUAUCGCAUGGCCCCCAAGAUUGCGUCGCUGAUCAGCUCAAGCGGCCCCAAAAACCAAUGAUCGACAUGACUCAGCCGAGAAGUGCGUUCGACUCGACCUUCAUUGAUGUCCGGCCGGUAUCAAUGAUUCCCUUUGUUGCAUAUUGUGUCAAUCUUUCGUAUUGCUGUGCCAGUCGUUUUCUUGCCGCCCGAGUCUGUCCGCUGAUAGCCACGCAAAAUCAAAGUUGGGAAAUAUACCGGGACCAACUUAUGGGAGUGCAAAGGCCGUGCAUGUACGCUGAAAUCAAACACCACCCCAAUCCCACAUUGAUGUUGCUCCGAGCUCGAGCGUCACAGCC